AUGAGUGAGCUGGCGAACCUUAUCUUACGCCGGGGCCAGCUAAAAGGCCAAUUAACUCGCACAGCAAAUUACAUCUGUGAUAAUAAAGGUAGUCCAGAUAUCGAUCAAAUUACGGUAAUAUUGGAAAAGACCACAGAAACAUGGCAUGAAUUUCAACAAGUUCAGGCGCAAAUUGAAGAAGAAGAAACCGAGAUAACUAAUGAGAGCGAGAAAUACCGUAGCGAGUUCGAGGAGUUGUAUUAUGAUAACGUAGCUAAAUGCAAUAAAAUAAUUAGAGCAGCGUCGCCAGGCGUUAAUUCAAAUCCGUCUAAUCGGACUUCGAACAAAUCCAGCAACGACGAAGCAAAUGGUCAUGCAAGCCUACAGCCCGUACAGUCGGCAAUCAAGUUAGCUGCUAUCGAGAUACCAAGGUUUACAGGAGUGUAUACAGAGUGGGCCGCAUUCUACGAUAUAUAUAUGGCGUUAAUACACGAAAAUAAAUCGAUGAGCGACAUUCAAAAAUUUUUUUAUUUACGAUCGUGUCUCAGUGGAGAUGCGGAAAAGGUUAUACAUUGUCUGCAAACUACGGCGGAAAAUUAUCAAGUAGCAUGGACAAGUUUAAUCAGGAGGUACGACAACAAAAGGGUGUUGAUCCAGGUACGCGUGAAAGCGUUAUUUGAUCUAGAGCCACUGAAAAAAGAGUCGGCAGUACAUUUGCGUACGCUAAUUGACACGGUGUCCGGUCAUUUAAAAGCGCUUCAGUCUUUAGGACAAACUCCGGACAGUUGGGGCCCAUUGUUAUCUCAUUUAAUAACGUCAAAACUGGAUGCAAACACGAGACGAACAUGGGAAAGCGAAGCGACCAAGAUGGAAGAUUUCAGAGUGCCGAUACUAAUAGACUUUUUAAAAUCCCGUUUUCGAAUUUUGGAGGCGAUAGAAUCAAAUAAAAACAUGAAUACGCAGGUACCAACAGACAUUCCAAAGUUCAAGAAAUCAGGGGACAGGUCUUCAUCAUUUACAACUACCACAUCUUUCAGAUGUUAUAAUUGCAAUGGCUCACACUCAAUUUAUAAAUGUACCAAAUUUCUAGCACUCACAAUACUAGAGAGAAUAAAAAGAACUAAUGACUUAUAA